CACGGAUACAUCAGAAGUGAUAAGAGAAGGAGAAAUACCAGCGCUGAGAGAUCUCAAUAUCCUGGACGUUAACGACAUGCUUUACAACUGAGUGAGAUGUUUGAAGUGUUCUCAAUAUCUGGACAUUAUGUUCUGCACGAUGGUGUCAAAUCACUCUGGUGCUCCAAAUUGGACGGAAGAGUAGUCCCCUCCAACUCUACAAUCCUAGACGAGUCUCUAGACCCUGUCUGUCUAGGCACCUGUCAUGGUAUUGUUGGUAAGAUCAAGUUCCUGCCGGAGAGCCCUGAUAACUUGGUUCUGAUUGCCAAUAAGGAGGUUGUCUGUAAACUUCACGGUGCCACGGUUCAGCGUAUAAAUGAUAUAGUGAUGUUACCCCUGUCCCUGGAGACACCCUACCUUGAUCUGCCGGCUUGCAGUAAACACACUAAACCUCCUAAAGGUGAGAAUGUGACAGAGACAGACGCUAAAAUAGAGAGGAAGCUGGAGGAGGAGUUUGUAAAGUGGUUUGAAAAAUCUUUCUACUACUCUGAAGAAGGAGACAUAUCCCACACGUUAACUGAACUCUGUAAAGAACCACUUGAUAAGACUAAACCGAUCUGGCAGCAAGCCAAGACGGAGUAUUUCUGGAAUGAGAAUAUGUUGGAAUGUCUUAUCUCUGUGUACAACCAGUUCCCCGAACUGUGCAACCCCUGGAUUAUCCCCGUUAUGCAGGGGUACAUAGAGCAAGCGGAGAUAGCCCCUACCACAGAGGAGAGUAUGAGAGGAGUCAGACCUCCCUCUACCCCUUCACUUGACGGACCUCUUGAUACCCUCACUGUGGUAUCCAGACGGAGCAAGUACCGGGCUGGCACACGCUUCAAACGCAGGGGAAUUGAUGAGGACGGUUGUCCUGCAAACUACGUAGUGACUGAGCAGAUCCUACAAGCUGGAGAAGAACAACUGUCCUACACGAUUAUCAGGGGGAGUGUUCCCGUCUACUGGUACCAACCCCUCACUAACUACCGUCCUAAACCGGUCAUCUUACGGUCCCCUGAGGAAGCACUGGAAGCAUUUCAACUUCAUAUGGACAGGCUGGUAGCUACUCAUGGAGAAGUUGUAGUUGUUAACCUGCUGGACAGCGAGGGCAAAGAGGCUCCCCUUGGGGACGAGUUCGCUAAAGUGGCGUACAUGUACAACAACGAACGUCUCACCUAUGUGGCAUUUGAUUUUAACGAGUACUGCGCGGGAAUGAAGUUUGACAACGUUCAGGUGUUGCUAAAAGAGCUUCAAGGCAUAACAAACAAGUUCGGCUACACCCACGUGGUACGGGGUGAGAUGAGGGAGUGCCAGGUAGGGGCUGUCAGGGUCAACUGUAUGGACAGUCUGGAUAGGACUAACGUGGUGCAGGGAGCUAUUGCUAAACACACCCUCAAUAACCUGGCUGAAGGUGUUGGUAUCACGGAGGAUGAUCUCUCAGUGCCGGGCAAGCUGCUAUGGGCUAACAACGGAGACGCUAUCAGUACACAAUACGCAGGUACAGCAGCAUUAAAAGGAGACUACACUAGAACAGGGGAGCGGGGAGUGGCAGGGAUGAUGAGAGAUGGAGUCUCCUCGGUUACUCGCAUGUACAUCAACGUCUUUAGGGAUACGAACAGACAGGCUGCUAUCGACAUAAUGCAGGGAUUGGAACCGGAUCUGGCGGAGAUCCGGGACGAAGUCAGGGAGGAACUAGACUGUAUCCCCGCACUAUUAGAACAAGUACAACAUCUUCUACCUACCCAAGAGGACAACAAGACUCACAAUAUCUACAAGUCUUGGGUCACACAGGAAUGGCCGAGUGGGGAGGCUAAGGCAGUGUGGCUCACACCAAAGUCGCUGAAUAUCGUCCACAAACAGGACCAGAUGGAAAUGUUGUUGUUAUCUACCUGUGACCGUGUUCACAUAGGUCAGCCGCCGGAUUGUUUGGGACACUAUAUGAGAAUAAUAAACGGUCGAACUCACAUUACACUUCGUCCCCUUACUUUAGACGUUACUCAGCUCAAGGACGUGCUGAUGAAGAUGGCUCACUCGAUAGUAAGCUGCAGGGAUGACCUAGGACUAACUACUCAGGUUCUACACGGACCUCUUACUAAGGCGGAUAUCGUGGACAUGGGAUUUGACAAGAUAAGGUCCUCUGCUAACUCCUUUGGAACUAGAAUCGCUGCUGGAGCCAAAAGAAUGAUCGGUGAAGCUCGUGGUGUUUUAGACCACACCAAGUCGGCACCACCACCACCUGGUGACAGCGGCAGUGGAAGUAACUCUGACAGUCCUAGAAACAGCCCCAAGUUCGGGAAGAGGAUGCUCAACAUGUUCAGACGUGGGGAAGAGGUAGGGCCGACCUUACCCCCAGUUCGCCUCUCCGAGAUCGCUCACCGUAACAGUAUCACACGAGUGGAAGUAGACGGUUUAAACGAACACCUCCCGGACCAAUCCGGACCGGACACCUGCUCCGGAAGCAAUUCGGACACUGAACAGGAACGACCUGGCAUUGUAAGGACACUCCGAGUUGCUUGUUCUGACACAGAAUUAGAUAAAAUAGCGGUGGAAGGUGAUAAUCUGAAGGGUAGAUCCGCUACCUUGGAAUCCAUUGAUAGUUUUAAUAAGUCAAGGAGCAAUUUUAUUUUCUUUGAUAGGCUGACUGCUACUUUUGACUCUAUGUCUAGUGGUAGCCCGAAAGAUUGACCCGUGCUGUAAUAUUUUAGUGUAUAAUUAUAAUUUGUAACAUGUCUGUUUUCUACUUACAAUUAUUGGUGUUAUCGACCUGUAUUAUAAUGAAUGUAAGGGCAGUCUAGUCCAGUGACUGCCGAUAGUCACACGUCGUUAAUGUUAUAUACUUCUCACGCAUCAUUCUAUAUAUCUCACGCGUUAUUUCAGGCUUUUCAUGCGUUAUUUCAUACUUCUUGUGGAGCUCAUACUUCUAAUCAAGGUCUCUACAAUAUACUAUUUAUACUUGAUUUGUUUAACUUUGCAAUAAACUCACACCACAUUAUUGGUAUUAUACGUUGAUUGACGAUGUCAAUCCUUCGCAUCUCGCCGAUCUUGCGAGAAGCAUUAUUUGAUGCGCGCGCGACCCAGUAGUGCAUCGCGCUACUAUAUUAUACGUUACUUUUGUGUAUAUAAUUUGAUAUAAAUCAUGCAUAUAUUUAAACCCGCGUGUUGAAUUGAUUCAUUGUUUGAUAUGUGAUUUUAUAUCUGCUCUAUCGUUUGAAAAGAA